GUGGAUAAUUUCACUCUAAAAGUUAGGUGUGUGGUAUUUUGUUUGAAUGAAAAGAGGGUAAAGUCUUUAGUGUGCAUUAUGAGAAAGACUGUAUUAUUUUUGGGCGGGUUCACUAUGAAGUACAUCAGAGGCACCGGCCUCUACGACGAAGACCACGUGAACGACUAUGAUGCCAACCCUUAUAUGUCUGCGCGCACUACAAUGCGGUGGUAUUACCAUAUGGAACGCCUUCAGACGCGAAACAACCUCAAGGCAAGACAGGCAACACAGAGCUAUAAUAAUAAUAUGGGACUGCAUCACAGCGGGCGUGGCGCGUUUGAGCGUGAGGCAGAGCGUCGAGGAAUAAAGGUUGAGAAGUAUCCUCUCACAACAACUACUGGCACAAGGCGUGUGGCUGAAAUGGUUCUCCUACGCCGACAAAAACUCGAAGAACAUUCGGCGAAGCUUAUGGAGAAACAGCGUGCAGAGUUGCGUCGACCAUCACCGUCUGAAUGGUACGAUGAGUCAAAGGGACCUUUAAAUCCAAAUUUUCUCAAGAGGAUGCAGGUGAAUUAUGACGUGAAUAUUGUAGAUCUUCCAAAUGCACCAUUGGUGCGAAGUUCCACCUGAAUGACCCACAGCCUACCUUUUUGCUCUUUAUUUUGGCGAUGAAGAGGAUCUGAUGGGGGAGAGUGUUGAUCCAGUUGCAGUGAUGGCUUCGGGUAUCCAGAGGCUGUUCAAUUUGUCGAAAUAUUUUGCUUGUUUUGUGAACUCAUUGGCUGAUUUUAUUAUGCGUCUGUCUGAUUUAACAAGUAUAGUUCGAUGUGCACGUUUGCGUCUACACAA